CACGCUCACUCAUCUUCCUCGCCAUCCUGAUCCCCUCAAAAUAAUUGGCGGUGGAAUUAUAAAAAUCGAAAUAGUAACGAUUGUACUGAACCAUGGGAAUGAAAAUAAAAUAAAAAUUCCACAAGCAAUUAUGCCAGCAGGCUAGACUUGAAAGUUUCAAAGCUCUGCCUAGCUCCAUCCCCAGCACCAUCUUCGUUUUCUUCUGCGUCUCUCAGAGAUCUUCCCUCUAGCUUUGAGUUUUCCAGCCAUCAUAUAUAUCUUUAUUAUUACUAUAUUUUACCUUUUGUUUUCAAUAUCUUGUUUCGUCUCUUGGACUUGCAAUCGGGAGUGGGGAGAUUGAAGAACUGUUGGGUUUGGGAAAUCUUGAUUUCUCUGCGCAUAAACGAUCUCUGGGCAGAAAAUGUGGACCUCGUGAAGCUACUGAUUUCAUAAAGAAAAGCAAAGGGGAGACAUUCUCUCAGCUCUAGGUCAAUCAGUUUCUUCCCUUUUUCCGUUGGCGGAGAAGAGGCUUAAAGGCUUUCCUGGCUCCGACAUAUGCAAGGACACUGACAGUUGGAUGAGCUGACCAAUCAUUAAAACCACUUUACCAAGUUGUCUUGUAUCGGUGCGUAAGGUUGAUAUAGUUCGGGUGGAUCUGAGUGGACUGCAUGUGCCACUUUUGGAUAUACUCAAAAAGGCACAUAGUUGAAACUUGAAACCAGAAUUUUCAUAGCUUCUGAUUUGAUUAGCAUAUCAUAAUGGGGAUUCAGUGCUCCAGACUCAUUCCAUGUUGUGUGAAUUCACAAGUAAAGGCUUCCAUUCUUGAAGCUCCAGAUACUGAAAAGGAGGAAAGAAGUGAGGCUAAUAACUGGCCUGCAUUCCGUGAAUUUUCAUUAGAGCAUCUAAAGAAUGCAACAUCUGGUUUUGCUGUUGAGAAUAUUGUAUCUGAACAUGGAGAGAAGGCACCAAAUGUUGUUUAUAAAGGAAAGCUGGAGAAUCAAAUGAGGAUUGCUGUUAAGCGCUUUAAUAGAAAUGCUUGGCCUGAUGGCCGGCAGUUUUUGGAGGAAGCGAGAUCUGUUGGUGAACUCCGCAACCAGCGACUAGCAAAUUUGAUUGGUUGUUGUUGUGAAGGUGAUGAGAGGUUGCUUGUGGCAGAAUUUAUGCCAAAUGAAACACUGGCAAAACACCUUUUCCAUUGGGAAACACAGCCUAUGCAAUGGGCAAUGCGAUUAAGAGUUGUUUUCCAUCUUGCACAAGCUCUAGAAUAUUGCACAGGAAAAGGGCGUGCCCUCUAUCAUGACCUUAAUGCAUACAGAGUUUUAUUUGAUGAGGAUGGCAAUCCUAGGCUUUCUACUUUUGGCCUUAUGAAGAAUAGUAGGGAUGGGAAGAGUUAUAGCACAAAUUUGGCUUUUACCCCUCCAGAAUAUCUGAGAACUGGGAGAGUAACAGCAGAAAGUGUAAUAUAUAGUUUCGGCACUCUUUUGCUUGACCUUCUAAGUGGGAAGCAUAUCCCCCCAAGCCAUGCCCUUGAUUUAAUUCGAGACAGAAAUCUUCAAAUGCUUACAGAUUCUUGUUUGGAAGGACAAUUUUCGGAUGAUGAUGGAACUGAGUUGGUACGCUUGGCAUCUCGUUGCUUACAGUAUGAACCUAGAGAAAGGCCUAAUCCUAGAUCAUUGGUGGCUGCCUUGGCUCCUCUUCAGAAAGAAACAGAGGUUUCUUCACAUGUCUUGAUGGGAAUCCCACAUGGUGAUGCUACCUUUGCUUCGUUGUCCCCACUUGGUGAAGCAUGCUCGAGAAAGGAUUUGACUGCCAUACAUGAAGUUCUGGAAAAUAUUGGCUAUAAAGAUGAUGAAGGAGUGACAAAUGAGCUAUCGUUCCAGGUUUGGACUGAUGAAAUGCAGGAAACACUUAACAGUAAGAAAAAGGGGGACGUUGCUUUCCAGCAGAAGGAUUUUAGAGUUGCAAUAGGGUGCUACACACAGUUCAUUGAUGGCGGAAUAGUGGUUUCUCCAACCGUCUAUGCACGGCGAAGUUUAUGUUAUCUGUUUGGUGACAUGCCUCAGGAAGCACUGAACGAUGCAAUGCAGGCACAAGUCGUAUCCCCUGUAUGGCACAUAGCAUCGUACCUUCAAUUUCUUGCCCUCUCUGGACUUGGUAUGGAGACUGAAGCUCAAGUAGCACUUAAAGAAGGCACAACUUUGGAAGCCAAGAGAAGUGAAACUUCUGGACAUAAGUGAAGAGCGUGUACAGAGAGUCUAUUUCACUUUGGUUGCUCUAUAGGUCCAUGAAAUGUUUACAGUGCAUUGAGCAUUAAGCAUUUCUUCCAAGAAACAAUGGAUAAGUGUUGGUAUCCCUAUCCCUUUUUGGCUGGGUUGGGCUGGCUACGGUGAUCAUUAAGUUUUGUACUAUGAUUUGAUCGAUUAAGCAUCACUCCAAACUCAACCUUGAUGUGAAAAACCAAAACUUCUGUUCCCAAUCUCGUACGUUUAGUUGAAAUGCCAGGCAUGAUUCUAUUC